CCUGCGAUGCCCAAAUCGGACGACGACUGGACGACAGCUGGCCGGUGAGAUGCGAGCCAUUUGCAAGCAGUCGUGGAUCAGUACACGGGCAGGACGGCCGUGUCAGGUCUGUACCCAAAGACAAGAAACGGUCUGAGUCACAUCAACGGUGUUGAAAUUCAGCCGUCACGGGACGGCAGCGGCUGUUCAAAGGGAGGAUGCGACUGACCCUCUGGACUGUUCGGUGGCGGGCACAUGAGUAAUACCGAGAUUGUCUGCUGUCUUGGUCAUCAUUGUCAUCGUCCGCGUCAGAUACGGAGAGCGCCCAGAGGCAGCAGCCCGUGACGAGUACAUCUUCUCCCCGUUUCCCGUGCUCUUGUACGUCGGGUUCAGACACAGAGAACACAAGGACGCGACCACGGAGUUCCAAGCGUGAACCAAGGUGUCUAGACGAUCAGGCUGACCGGUUGUUACGUGGUUUUGUGGUUGGUGAUCUGCUCUCGCUGCUGGGUGAGAGAUCCUUGACCGCCCCUCACUGCCCGGAAGCCCAACUUGUCCACACGUCGAGUGCACGCCCUCCCCACCAAGGCAGCAGCUCCAACCCUCCGCCGCCCAUCCACCCAACAUCCACAACCUGCAAACUCCUACCGUUUCGCACCCACAACGCACCUUGCACCGCUCCAAACACUCUCUCCAGCAUUCUUCGUCAGAUUCAGGCGCCAUGCGAUCCAAGUUCAAGGACGAGCACCCCUUCGAGAAGCGCAAGGCCGAGGCGGAGCGCAUCCGCCAGAAGUACCAAGACCGCAUCCCGGUCAUCUGCGAAAAGGUCGAGAAGUCGGACAUCGCAACCAUCGAUAAGAAGAAGUACCUCGUCCCUGCCGAUCUCACCGUGGGCCAGUUCGUCUACGUGAUCCGCAAGCGCAUCAAGCUGUCGCCCGAGAAAGCCAUUUUCAUUUUCGUCGAUGAGGUGCUGCCGCCCACCGCGGCGCUGAUGAGCUCCAUCUACGAAGAGCACAAGGAUGAGGACGGCUUCCUGUACAUCACCUACUCCGGCGAGAACACCUUCGGUGACGAGCUAUAGAGCCGCGCUGUAGCCGGUAGGCGAACGCACCGGGUGACCGACCAAGGGAACACAUACGAUACCUUCCACGGGUGAACGACGGAUAAGCGAAAGGUGAUCACGGCGGCUUCGGGGCCGGGCGGGCUGGCUGGCGUUAGGUUUGGGACUUUUGGGCAUCCGAUCUAUCAAGAACAGAAACAGACUCUCCAUAAACAAAUCUCGCAGCACUGUGCUUGUUUCCUUUGACUAUCCUGUUAUAGGCGGCCCCGGCAGCGUACGGAACACCCGUGCACAAGCUCUUCUACUGUUAACCCCGUAAUGGUCUUCCUCCUGUCAGAGCGUACCCGCGUGGCUAAUCGACUUCAUUGUCGCCCCGCUCGGCCGUGUAUACAGCCCGGCUACAGAGCGAUCCGCGCGGACAAGACAGAUAGCUGGUCGUCAUAUUCGUAGCUGAAUCUGAAUGGCUUUUAUCUUACCCUCUA